GGGCAACGGGAGCAUCGGUUGAGGAUAUGUCUGGCAUACCAGCUAGCACGAUAGCAUAGAGCUACUUUUACACAUGAUGUAAAAGAUUCGAGGCAACAAUUACACAAUUAAACGUUUUAAAAACACGUUUUUUUUUGUGGAUAAAGCUAGUUUGCUAGCUUACUAACAAGCUCCGAAAACCGAAGCCUCGGUAAUUCUGAGUUUUUUCCACUUUGUUGGCGAACUCAGCUCUCUCGCUGCUGGUUUUCUUGUUAAAUUAUGUAAUUACUACAGUAGACUCAGUGAUUUCAAAAUGCAUAUUCUGCAUGUCUUCGGUAAACAAUCCCAUGUUGUAGCUAUCCUGUCGAGCUCGUUCUGUUUCACGUUGCUUUCUUUUGAAGAGACUCAUAUGAUCAUACUCUGACAAACCAUCAACACACGGUUGUCACGAUGCCUCCAAAACUUGAUUGGGGUGAAGUGAUGGGAGCCGACCCAGACAAACUGCCAGACAAAGAAGUAGAGAUGUUCUACAACAUGCUCUCAGAGGUGAAAGAGAGGGAGCUGAAAGGAUGCACCCCAGACAAAAUGGUUCAGCUAUUUCGAGUGUCCCAGACUGUAAUGAAGAUGAAGGGUCAGGAAGCUACUGUAGCCUAUGAACUCAUUGAUAACGCUGGCUCAGACCAAGCAAUAGUUGAAAAUGAAUUAAGGGCCCGGGCAUUCAAGUUGGAACAAGAGCUAGAGAUGGCCCAGCGCUCAUCAGUGGGACGAGACACCCGCUUCUUACGGGAUGAGAUUCGCCAACUGGAGACUCAGUUGGAGCAAAGGGAGAAGGAAUACAGCCAGUUGGAGAAGGAAAUGAGCAAGGAGAAAAAAAACAACGAGGAAUUGAUAUUUCGGGCAGAGAAGGCCGAGGAUGAGAGCAGGAAACUGAAACGAGAGAUAAAACAGCUUAAGAAAAAGAACGAGCAACUUCAGCAGGAUGCAGACUUCUACCGCCGGGAGCUUGACCAGACGGAGCCAGUCCAGUCCAGGAAGGAGGGCAGUGAGACCCAGAGGAGGCUCAACUUAGCCAAUCGACAGCUCUAUCAGUGUAUGGAGGACAUCCAGAGGACAGAAGACGAAAUAGUGCACCUGAAAACACAGAAUGAACAUAUGCAGAAGAGUCUCGAGGAGUCCGUAAAGGAGAUGGAAAAGAUGACAGACGAGUAUAACAAGAUGAAGAUUGUAGUGCAACAAACCGACUCCAUCAUGGACCAGCUCAGGAGAGAGAGGGAUAGUGCCAAGCUGCAGGUCAGAGAGCUGAGUGGGCAGAUCCAGAGCCGGUCCGAGGAGGACGACCCGGUUAUGGCAGCAGUCAAUGCCAAGGUGGAGGAAUGGAAGAGAGUGCUGGUCGGAAAGGAUGAGGAGAUCAUGGAGUACCAGCAGAUGAUCCACGAGCUGAGGGAUAAGCUACGCAGUGCCCAAAUGGACACAGACAAAAGCAAUGUCAUUGCCCUGCAACAGGUCAUAUACGAGCUAUGCGGUGCGGUGCAAGAGAGGGAUAAUCAAAUCAAGAUGCUGACGGAACAAGUGGAGCAGUAUACGGGAGAGAUGGAGAAGUAUGCGUUGCUCAUAGAGGAACUGAAGAAACCCACGGCAAAGGGCAGAGGCCUGUCCUCGACCCCUCAGCAGAGGAAGAUUGAGGAGCUGAACUCGAAGCUGCAGGCCGCAGAAACAAGAGCGCGGGAAUCAGAGCGUGUGGCAGAGUUAGCUGAGGCUGACGCAAGAGACAAAGACAAAGAUCUCAGUGAAACGCUCAAUCGCAUGAGGACAUACGAGUCUGGAACCGAUGGCCUUGAGGCUGCAAUUGCUGAGAUCAAGGAGUGUAAAAACCAGAUAAGAUUGCGAGACCAUGAGACGGAAGCCAUGACCAAAGAGAUCAACCAGUUGGAGAUGCAAAUCAAUAACCUACUGGAUGAGAAUGAGGAUCUUAGGGAAAGACUCGGUCUAGAUCCGAAAGGGGAAAUAGAUUUGUCAGAAUUCCGAAGAACCAAAGAUCAUAGACAACGGCAGUACAAAGCAGAAAAUGUGGUCCUCACAAAAGAGAUUGAACGCCUGGAAGAGGAAAGACUUGAAUUGAAAAUACAAAUUCGACGCAUGGUGAAGGACAGGGGGAUCACACUGACUAGUUCAGUUCUAGAAGAUGAUAUCAUUACCAGCAAACACAUCCAGAUGACAACCAAGCAGACCUCCACUUUUGCAGAUGAGGAGAUAAAACGCAAGUAUGAUCAUCUGCUGAAGGACCUCAACACCAAGGAGAGAGAACUAGAGCUCCAGAAGACUCAGUCAUCUGAGUUAAAAGCCAAAUUGGAAGACUUAUCAAAGGACAAGAAGCAGUUUGAAGAAGGAAUGACAGAGAUCCUUCAAGCCCUAAAGGAUGCUCAACAGAAUGCCCCCGCUGGAACAAGUGUUACUAUUCCCAGUCUAGAGAGGCUGGUUGAUGCAAUAGAGAUUAAGAACUUCACGUUGGCGGGAAAGUUUGACGCCAACCUGCACCUAAAGGCCCAAGUAAACCAGCUAAUUGGCAGAAAUGACGAGCUCAGACAGGAAAUGAGGUUGGCCCGGGACGAGGCUGCCAGCACCUUGAGUCAACUUGUCAGAGCAAGAGAAAAUGUUGUCCAUUUACAGUGCGAGGUGGAGGCACUGAGGAAGUCUGGAGGUAGUGGGACCAUCUUUAGGACCCUGAAUCUCCCUGAGGACAUGGCUCCAUCCAGCACUGAGGCUAUCAGUUCCCUGAAUGAGUAUGCUGUCAGACUGCUACAGGAGAUCAAAGUCAAGGAGGAGUCCAAUAAGAAGCUUGUGUUGGCCUUAGAGGAGUACCAGAGGAAGUUUUCUGUAAUCCGCCACCAGCAGGGACUCCUCUACAAACAUCACCAGAGUGAGAAAGAGUGCUGGCAAAAGGAAAGGGAGGUGUUUACAGAACUAAAGAACAAGCUGGAAGAACAGAAGGAGGUGGACACAAUCCGAGUCAAAGAGUUCAAUCAUUGGCUGGACGCCCUGCAGAAGGACCCGGAGGAGGUUCGCAGGCACGCGGCCGAGGCAGCCAGGAAGCUGACAGUGCUGCGGGUGAACGAGACGUGUCUGACCCGCUGCUACACCACCCUGCUGGAGCAGGAGCACCACCUCCGCAAGGAGAACGCCAAACUCAGGGAGGACUUCACCGCCAUGCAGGCCGCGGUCACCGAGCACAUGGGCUACUUGCAGAGAUACAAGGAAAUGGCUGCAUACAAGAUGGCAGCGCUGCAGAGGGCCUUGGAUGAAAGCGUUCCUUCUUCAGAGCUCGAGAGGGCUAACAGGCAGUACACAGAGCUGACGGUGAAAUACAGGGACAUGCUUCAGAGGGACAAUCACCUCGUUCAGAGGACCACCGGCCUUGAACAUCUCAACAACGAGAACGAGUGUCUACACGAGCAAAUCUCCGGUCUCAACAAGGAGCUGGCGAUAACCAAGGAGAAACUUCAUACGUUAGAGCAAGCUUGGGAGCACAUCAACACAGUUGGUGGUGAGAGCGGCAUGGACAAAGCGGCCAAGGCGGUGGCCAACAGUGAGAUCGUGUCUGCUUCCAGAAGGAUCACCACGCUGGAGAUGAAGGAGCUGAAUGAGAGGCAGCGCGCCGAGCACGCCCUCCAGAUGUACGAGCACCUGAGGAAGUCCCUCCGGCAGGUGGAGGAGCGCAACUCGGAGCUGGAGACCAAGUUUGCAGAGCUGACCAAGCAGAGCCUGGAGGCCCAGAAGGUGGAGUGGGAGCUGAGGGACGAGCUGACCAACAGCGUGAGCAAGGAAGCGAGCGACGCAGACCGCGCCAGGAUCAGCGAGCUAGAGGAAAGCGAGGCCCAGCUCCGGAUCGAAGCCUCUAAGUUGCGGGAGGUAUCGGACGUGGCUAAAAUGCAGGUGGCGGCUUUUGAGGCACGGCAGCAGUCCAGAGAGAAGGAAGUGGAAGCCCUGCGGAGACAAGUUCUAGACUAUCAGUCCCAGUCAGAUGAAAGAGCCCUCAUUGCCAAACUACACCAACACCUAGUUGCGUUGCAACUCAGCGAGUCAGCCGCCGUGGGAAAACUGGAGGUCGCCACCACUCGCAUCCAGCAACUGGAGGCCUACAAGCUCCGCGCGGAGCAGAAGCUGGACGCCGGCGAGCGAUCCCUGUACCACGCCCGCCAGGCAGGCCAAAAUCGGGUCCGGUAUCUACGCCAAAUCAUCCAGUCUUUGCGCAGGCAGUUUGCCGGAGCCCUGCCCUUAGCCCAUCAGGAGAAGUUCUCUCAGACCAUGAUGAACCUGCAGGACGAUCAAGAGAAGGUGCAGAAAGAGAAGCGAUUGGCGGUCGAUGAGAGGAGAGAGGCCGAGGGAAAGGUGCAGGAGUUGGAGGUCAAGCUGAGAGGACUGGAGGAGCUCAUAUCGACACUGAAGGACGUGAAGGGUGCUCAGAAGGUGAACGAGUGGCACAAGAAGAUGGAGGACGUUCGUCUGCAGGAGUUGAGGCGGGGCAGGGAGCUGGGCGUCCAGAAGGAGGAGAUCAGACACCUGAAGAACCUGGUGGCUGAACAGGAGCGCACCAUCCAGACUUUGGAGGAGGACAUCGUCCAGCAAAACACUAUCCUGGAGGAGCGGCAGCUGUCCUGGGACCAGCGAGAGGUGGAGUUGGAGCGCCAGCUGGACCUCUACGAGAAGCAGCAGAAUGAAAUCCUUGGCACUGCCCGAAAGCUUGAGGAAACCACAGGUGCCCUGCUAGAUCCGAGUCUUCCACUGGCCCACCAGUUGGAUUUUGCGCUGGGUAAAAUCAAAGAGCAAGUCCGCACCAUCCUGGAGACACAAGCCACCUGCAAAACUCUGGACGAGAAGCUGAAGGAAAAAGAGGCAGCCCUUUGGAAGGCGGAGCAGAACGUCCUGUCUCGGGACAAGGUCAUCAACGAGCUGCGACUCCGCCUCCCGGCCUCUGCGGACCGAGAGAGGCUCCUAGCCGACCUCUCCAAGCACCAGGAGGACCAGUCAGAAAGCCAACCUGCCCUUAAAGUGGCCCACCAGACCAUCAACAAUCUGCAGGGUCGUCUGGAUCAGAAAGAGGAGGUUCUCAAGAAGUAUCAGAACUUGCUGGCACGGGCUAGACAGGAGCAAGAGGACAUGACCAAAAAACAGGAGGAGGAGGUGAGGAUUCUGAAUCAGAAGCUGGACUCGCACACGGAUACUUCCCUGGACCGCUUCAAACAGACUGCGUUGGACCUGAUGAAGAAGCCCAGCAUCGCCGUGCCGACCACCAAGCACCUGUUGCGGCUGGCUGAGAUGGAGCAGACGGUGGUGGAGCAGGACAGCUCGCUCUCCACCCUCGACAACCGGCUCAAGGCCGUCAGCGGCGAACUGGAGCGCCAAAGGGCCGCCGCCAUCAUGCAGGCCAAGGAGCAUGCCAUCGAGAGGUCAAAGUUGGAGGAGCACCAUGCGGCCCAGGUGAAGGCUCUGUCCGGGGAGGUGGAGGAGCGGCACGCCCAGACGGCGCAGAUGGAGAAGGAGCUGCACUACCUCCGCGCCGAGCUGGAGGCCCAGAAGGAGGCCAACGUCCGCUCGCCCAGCAACACCAUGAAGAGCCUGGUGGAGCGGCUGAAGGCCCAGCUCCAUCGGAAAGGGAAACAGCUCAAGUCUCUCAGCAAAGUCAUGUUGGAUCUGAGGGCAGAGAUGACCUCCCACGCUGAACAGCAGAUUAUAUCGAACGCAGCCCACAAGGAGGAGAGCCAUAACAUCCAGAGUCUGGUGGACAGGCAAACAAAAGACCUUAAGGCCGUCAUGCUGGAGCUGAGGGAGGACCUCCAGGGAGCCAGGGAGUCCCUGAAGGCAGCUAAGGGGCGAGAGAACGCCCUCGGCGAGAAGCUGGAGGGUCUGAGGAGAGACCUGCAGAAGAGCCAGCGAGCGGAGAGCGCUCUGCAGGGAGAGAAGGAGGAGCGCGACCAGGAGAUCCAGGUGCUGAGGCAGCGGGUCAAGAGGCUCAACAGCGGCCUGCAGAAUCAGUCAGAGGCUGAUUUGAAGGGGCCCACAGUGGAGGCACUGCAGAAGAAAAUUCGAAAAUUGGAGGCAGAACUGGAGAAGAGAGGUGUUCCAGACCCUACUAAGAGGAAGAACUUAAACGACGACAAGUCAUCAAAGGAUGAAAUAGCGCGCUGGGAGGAGGGCAAGAAGUGGCAAGCUAAGAUGGAGAAAAUGAAGAGUAUGCUGAAGGAGAAGGAAAGAGAAACAGAGACUCUCACCAAACAACUCAGCACCCUCAAAGAGCUUUAUGGCAGAGUGGACCAGGAGAAGGCUUCCCUGCUGAGGAAGCUAAAGGGACGCGUUGCCGUGACGGCAGAUCAGGUGGUCGGCGCACGCCACCUGGAGGCCGAGAACGAGGCGGAGGAGCUGAGGAGGAGAAACGCAGAGCUGGAGCGAGAUCUCCUCAGCGUGAGACAGAAGCAGGCCUUACCCCGAGACACUGCCAUGGAGGAAAUGACCCGGAGGAACCGCCACCUGGAGGAGAGGCUUCACUCACUGGAGGGCCAGAUGUCCGUGGAGCCCCCCUCGAGACCCUCUACAUCUGGACGAGGCACCGGCACGCCUGCUCAGAAGGACCACGAGCUGCAGCGGGACAACCUGAAGCUCUCCUCAGAGAACCUGGAACUCCGCUUUCAGCUGGAGCAGGCCAACAAGGAUCUGCCCAGGCUCAAGGACCAGGUUGCAGACCUUAAAGAGCUGUGUCAUGCCCUUAAGAACGACAAGGCUGAAGUGGAGAGAAAGCUAAGCCACAUUCGUGGAGCGGGUCGCAGCGGUAAGACUGUGCCAGAACUGGAGAAAACCAUUGGACUGAUGAAGAGGGUGGUGGAAAGGGUGCAGAGGGAAAAUGAGACUCUCAAGAAAAGUCCUGCAACUCCGACACAGGAGCAGUUCACCACUCUGAAGCAAGCACAUGAUAAACUUAAGAUUGAUUAUGGGCAUCUCAAGGAACAAACUGCAGCACAACUAAGCUCCAGACAAGAUUCCAAAACCAAAGAAAUUGAGAAAAUUGUGAUGGAAAAUGAACGUUUACGAAAGGAGAUUAAAAGGGAGACAGAGGCUGUGGAGAAGCUUAGAGUGGCCAAGACUAGCUUGGAGGUGACUAAUGACAAGCUGGUGACUGACCUUGAUGAAAUGAAGCAAAGACUACUGGCAGCACAGUCCAGAACCAUCCCCGAGGGAGCCGACAGUAAGACCUGGAAGGCAACUGUGAUAUCUAGGCUGUUUGAGAACAAGAUGAAGGAGUUGGAGAAGGACAACGCUCAGAAGACGUCCAGUCUGUCAGAGCUCAGGCAGCAGCUGCGUCAGGCCAGCGCCACAGAGGAGAGAGCGCAGCAUGCGGUCAGACAGCUGGAAGACCAGGUGGACUUGUUGAAGAACUUUCCCACUGGAGAGCAGACAGAUCUCUCGAAGGACCUUCAGUCAGCUAGAUUGACCAAUAGACAGCUGGAAAGGGAAAAGGCAGAUUUGGUUAAGAGGCUCCAUGAGUUCAGUGAGCGGCAUGGGGCCACUUCUGGUGACUCUGCUCGACCAGGUUACGAAGAGCUGCAAAAUCUACUCAAGGCAACUGACCUAGAGAAAAGACAGUUAAAGGCUCAAGUAAAAAAACUGAAGACAGAACUGGAAAACUUUGAUCCAACAUUUUUCGAGGAAAUCGAAGACCUGAAGUUUAACUACAAUUUAGAGGUGAAGAAAAAUAUUGUUUUGGAAGAACAACUAAAGAAGGUUUGUGAGCAGUUUGGUGUGGUGGCGGAUAUCCCUGCUAAUGUGUCCAUCAGCUAACCCAGGAUGAAGGUGCCUUUUAAAGCAGACUUUAUAUGUCUAUGGUUUUGCACUAUAUCAGAAGAUCCCUACAGUAGGUGACAUUUAGAUCUUGAAUGUAAAUGUGUUUUCUGUAGGACUUUUAUCUAUAAAUGUUUUUCUGAUAAUAAUGGAGCUGUGUGAAAGAGCUGCGUAAAGUAGUGUACUUGUGCCAAUCCCAUUCUUGUCACAAAAUAAACAUUAAAGUCAUCUAGCUCUACUUUAAGUCAAACAAAUGUAUUUGCAUUUUUGUAGUAGAAAGGUUCUAGUAGAAAGUUAUUCAACAUCUCUCCCUGGGGAAUCCCACCCAUUCAAAUGCCAAUUUGUAAGAGGAAGGCCUAUUAUUAUUUGCAGGUCACAACAUGGCCAAUAAAUAGUGAUGAAGAAUUGUAAUAGUUAUAUUCCUUUUGCUCAGCAUUCAAAACAUGUGUAUUCAUACAUUUUGUUUGAGUAGGACUGUACAGUCACAUCUACUCAUUGUAUAUAACAUAUCCAAACCCCUUUAAAUAUUCUAAUUAGAAAUAAUUGCAGCUUUCUUCUACAUCAGAGAUACACAAUGCUCUCAUCUGGGCUGGAAAGUUAACUAGUGAUCCUCUAGAUGGCGAUGUAAUCCAAAUCAAUGUGUUAUGGCCUCGGUUGCCAGUGAUUAGACACCAGUGCAUGUACAACAGCCAUGUUAGACAAAUGGUAGACUUUUGAAGUAUGUUAUCCGCUCUUAUUGUGUGCAUAUGUUGACUACUGAUGAUGACAGUAGUAUUGUAAGUUGCUGCCAGUUGGUUCCUGAGAUGGUUUAUGUUCUUUCAUUUGAUAGUUUUUUUUCCAUAACUGUGUGUGGUCUGG